AUGGUGAUGGAGACAUCGGGAACGAUGUCAUAUUCGGUGGUAUCAGAGUUCGAAGGAACACUACUGAAGAGCGAUGAUCCAUUCUCUUACUUCAUGCUCCUUGCCUUUGACGCAUCCGGUCUGAUUCGUUUCGCCAUCUUGCUGUUUCUCUGGCCCGUCAUCAAACUCCUUGGCGUUUUAAGCUUCAAAAACGCCGCUCUCAGGCUCAUGAUCUUCGUAGCCACGGCUGGUUUACGCGAACAAGAGAUCGAAUCGGUGGCUAGAACCGUCCUGCCAAAGUUCUACAUGGACGACGUCAGCAUGGACACGUGGAGGGUUUUCAGCUCGUGCAAGAAGAGGGUCGUGGUGACGAGAAUGCCUCGUGUUAUGGUGGAGAGGUUCGCGAAGGAGUAUUUUAGAGCCGAUGAGGUCAUCGGUACGGAGCUGAACGUGAACCGGUUUGGUUUUGUCACCGGUUUGAUACGUGAAGCCGAUAUCGAUCAAUCUGCUUUGAACCGUGUCGCUGAAGUAUUUGUCGACCGGAUGCCUCAUUUAGGUCUUGGCAAAGCCUCCUUGACGGCUUCUACGACUUUCUUGUCGUUAUGUGAGGUGUAUGCACCGGUUUCGGAGAAGAGCAACCACCAUAAUCAACAAAGUGAGCUGCGGCUGAAUCCGGUCGUCUUUCACGAUGGACGCCUUGUGAAGCGGCCAACACCAGCCAUAGCUCUCCUCAUCCUCAUCUGGUUCCCAUUUGGAAUUGUUCUUUCUGUGAUCCGGAUCUUUUGGGGGACCGUCCUCCCAUGGGGGUUCAAAUCUUACGCCAUGAGAAUACUUGGCGGCCAAAUCAUCGUCAAAGGAAAGCCUCCGCAGCCACGAGAGGCCGGAAAGUCAGGCGUUCUCUUUGUAUGUAAUCAUAGAAGCCUAGUGGAUCCACUUCUAUUAUCUACCGUAUUGAAACGCAGCGUCCCGGCCAUUGUAUACUCUCUUUCGAGGCUUGCCAAAAUCUUCUGUCCAAUUUCUAUCGUGCGAAUACAAAGAAUCCGAGAUGUCGACGCCAAGACCAUCAAGCUCGAGCUGUCCAAAGGAGAUCUAGUGGUUUGUCCCGAGGGAACAACUUGUCGUACACCGUUUUUGGUGAGAUUUAGCGCACUUUUCGCGGAGUUAACGGACACGAUCGUGCCUGUGGCGGUAAACUGUAGAGCUGGAUUUUUCCACCCGAACACCGUGAGAGGCUGGAACGCUCUGGACAUUGUAUUCUUCUUCAUGAAUCCGAGACCGUGUUAUGAGAUUACGUUCUUGAACCAGCUUCCGAAGGAGGCUACGUGUUCGUCCGGGAAGAGUCCGCAUGACGUGGCGAACCAUGUACAGAGAAUCAUGGCGGAUACGUUAGGGUUCGAGUGCACUAACUUCACGAGGAAGGAUAAGUAUAGGAUCCUCACUGGAGGUGAUGGAACGGUGUCGUAUUUGUCGUUUCAGGAACAAGCUAAAAAGUUCUUUAACACUUUCAAUCCUUUUUCUCGCUAA